UGUUGAGCACAGGAAGUUGGAAAGGAGAGGGCGAUAUUGGUUAAACCUUUGCAUUGACUCAACAAUUAUUUCUCAUUCUCGUCUUCCCACCUUUCUUUCUGGGAGCAGAGAGGCUGUGUUUAAUGGCAAAUACGACGACCAAUUACUUUAUAAUUGCCUUUAUAAUGCAGGACGUUCGCUCGGGGUGCUAAGAUGAAGGGGAAGGCCAGCAAGUGUGUGGACUUCUUUUGUGCUAACGAAUUCUCCCCCGUGGCUGGUAUCUCCAUGGUGCCUUGAAUGCUCAGCGACCAGUGAAGGUGAGGACAUCUGAAAUGGGUGAAAGUGGCAAUAACAGCCACAUCCUAGGGACAAAUAUGUGCUAAUGAGGAAGCUCCUGCUGAGGGUCUCAACCUGAGGGGCUAUAAAACACCAGGAGAGAAUAAGUGAAGGUGGGGGGAAGGAAAUGAAAGCAACAAUAAUUUGGUGAGUAUUGCAGAAAAUAAUUAGCUAUAGAUUUAACCUAUUGCCUCCAAAAAGUGUCUGCAAGCCCAGUUAGUGAAUGGGGUGACGUUGCAUGAAAUAUUAACAAUAAUAAUUAAGAGGAGUGGAUAUAAAGGCCUAGAACAGGCAGAAUGCAGACAUGAUUUACACUUGCUAACUUUUUUCCACCCCGUACCUGGAAAACUAUGUUGCCUUUAAUCACAGCCUUGCGGGAAGAAAUUAACGAGGUUGCGUUUUCAUCACCACUUAUUUUUACAGGAAAGAAGAGAGAUGGGCAUUAUUAGGAGUAAAGUGAGGGAACCGAGUCAAAAGUGAUUUUAUGCUACAAUCGGCAGAGGUUUACUCAGAAGUAAGCCCAUUAAGUUAAAGGAGACCUGUGCGGAUAGAGGACCUCAGCUCUAUAGAACAUUUUAGAUAAGCUCUGGAGGGAGAAGAAAAUAUAGAGAUAUCUCUAAGUCGUCACCUAGAGAAGCUAAGAUGGGGAGUGGGAUUCUGAUGACCCUGCCAGAAGCUCUAAGUUUCAGGCAGCCCUCCCAAAAGAGGUAGAAAACAUAGUGGAAAAGGACUGAUCGGAGCAGCAUGGGGUAAGGGUCAGGCUGGAAAAAUGAAUAGAAUGGAAAACGACGCAGGAACGACUGGCUGAAGAUUGGCACAUAUUGGCACCUUUAAUGGGAAUCUUCCUUCCUCGUCAAAGAACAGUUGGAACUGAACCUCGCUCCCACAGAGACAGAGAAUGCUUCACCCCAACCACCGAAUUUUGGCACCUCCACCACAGCCCCUGACUCCUGCUGAAGGUGGGAGCGAUCUGUACACCUUUGUGUCAGCAGCAACAUCCCAUGUGAUGCGUGCUCUGCAGAGGCCCCGCAAGAGCCGACCUACUAAGCGGAAAGUGAAUCUCCGGCGGUUCCUUCAGAACCAGAUAUGCAGAAGCUUUUCGGACAUCGAGGCUGCAACUCACGGCUUGGCCUCCUCCAUCCUUUCGCAAGAAGCUCUGGCACUGCCUAAGGCACUCCAGCAAACGGCCCCUCUGAAGCCCCACACAUCCCAGCCAGCCCAGACCUCAUCUGGCUCUUUCUCAGGCAUAGCGGAAGCUUUUGCGGCUCCAGACCCAAGCCCCAGUUGGUGCCUCUCGCCUGAGUCACUCAUGCCAGAGCCCGAUGAAUUUUUUGAACCCAUCGCCAAGGAGAACUUGCUUGGCCUGGAUCCCCUUGCUCCAAACCUGCUGGGAUAUGAUACAUACCCCGAUUCCCAGCCCUGUGUGCUUUCUACAACUUAUGGAAUCCUUAUGGAGCCAAAUGUCUACCCUCCAGUAGGAGUCCAAUGUCUCGCCUCUGCUGCCACCCCAAAGGCAAUGUCGGUUUCUGCCUAUGACAUCUACACGCCCUUCUGAGAUGUGGAAAUGGGAUGGUUUCCAAGCAUACCGCUGUUUCAGUGACCUGCUCCUGCCUAGGAAGAAGAAGAAGAAGGCAUCUUCAAAGGUACCCCCACUAUGGUGAAGAAAGAACAGCAACCUCAUUGCUGGGGCACUUUGGGGAGACAUGCUCCUAGGCGUGCUUUCGUGUUAAAUCUCUGCCAUGCCAGUCUUCUGUAAUGGGAAGAAGGAAGAACCUAGAGGAACAGAAGAAAGAAUUGCAACAAAAAUAAUGAUCAGAUAAAAGAAAUCUGAGUAUGGGCCCAAACCCUAACCCGCAAAAGCCUCUCAGACAAUACCUUCCCUAGUUCUCAUGAAGA